AUGUCGCGCCAUUCGGGCGCCUUCUUUGGCGCAGACGACGUCUCUUCGCUGCCCCUCCACAACGACCCGCACGUCGGCAUCAACAUGUCUGGCCUCGACCUCAUCAACGCACAGCACCAAUCCGCGCAAUACUCCAACCCCGCCUAUCCUCCCAGCCCGUCUUCCAUGCGAUCCCCGCACUCCUCGCACGGACAUACUUCCAACAACAACAGCAACAACAACAAGUUCGUCCAGAGCCCAAACAGCCUCGGCACCGCCACCUACACCUCGCCGCGUCUCCACAACAGCCACGCCGCUGCCAACUACACCCUUGCGGAUCCCAACCAGUCUUCCGAGCGCUACUCGUUCGACAUCCAGAACCAGCAUCAACACCUGCAGCACGAUCACCACGCCGCACAAGCUGCCGCACAAGCUGCCCCACACCGCAACGACGGCCUCGGCAGAUCCCUCUCCAUGGGUCACUCCUCCCAUCCGAGCCGGUCCAGAUCCGCCUCCAACCUCGCAAAUCACGGCUCAGCCAUGUACCUCUCCGCACACUCCGGCGCACUCUCUUCCGGUCAUGGCAGCAACGGCAGCGGCAGCUCCGGCUCCUAUCUCUCCUCCCUCUCGCCCUCAGGCAUGCGCAACAGCAGCUUCAUCAGCUCCACUACUCCCGCCGCAAACACGGCUGCUGCUGCUGCUGCUGCCGCAACCAACUCUUCCGCGACCUCCCCGCAAAUCUCCUACUCUGGACUGCCGCCUCUAUCCUCCGCCUCCUCUCAUCCCAUGAGCCUGCUUCCCGCACCCCAGAUGCUCACCAGUCCUUACUCCAACUCCACCAGCAGCCGCCGCUCCUCCAACGCCAUGGAUACCUCAACCGGCUCCUCCUCGGCACGCGACGCUCCCAACACAAAUCCCUACAGCCCCAACUCCUCCGCCUCGAGUCGCUUUCGCUUCUCCAACACCACACCCAACCCCACCAAGCACGACCCUGCCAACCUCAUGGACGUCAGCUCGCCACGCGACACUCCCACUUCGCCUCAACAUCUCCACCACCACCACCUCGGCUCCAACUCGGGCCUCGGCUCCAACUCGGGCCUCGGCGACCUCUCCGACUCCUUGCCCUACGCCUAUCAGUCCAGCCAUGCCAACCAGUACGCAGCUAGCAGCGCGCGCAACAUGCAAGCCGCAUCGGCCGCACCCCGCUCCCCCUCAAAUCAACCAUCCGCCGGUCUCUUGCCUUCCUCUGCCGCCGCACAAGCAGGCCGCAACAGCAUGAUCCUCGACUCCUCCUCCAGAGACAAUGCACCGCGCAACUCGUCCGUCUACUCCGACGCCUCUGCCUACGCACACCACGGUCUUGGCCUCGGCCCCUCGGCCGGCAUGAUGACCACCGCUUCCGACAACUCCAGAACUUCCUCCUCCUCCAACAGACGCGCCGACGCCGCCGCCGCCGCCGCCGCCGCUUCCGCCCGCUCCUCACGUCGCAAUCAGGGCUUCCGUCGCGUGCGCGACUUUGACGACCUGCGUCCCAUCAUCCACAAGAGCACCGCAGCCGCUUCCGGCGCAGCCGCCCUUUCCGACGGCUCCGCAGCCACCGCCGCGGCACGAGCCACAACAAGACGCGCCGAUCCCGCAGGCGGUUUCGUGAGCCCGCUCAAAGCCUUGACCGCCUAUCUCCAUCACACCUACCACCUCGUCAACCCCGCCUUCUUCUACGAGCUCAGCUUCAACCCAAGACGCGUCCUCACAAAGGGCAAGCCCGUACAGAACGACGGCCGCGACAACGAGGACAGCGACUACAUCCUCUACGUAAACGACUGGCUCGGCACCGAAGAGGGUCACAAGUACCUCAUCCUCGACAUCCUCGGCCAGGGCACCUUUGGCCAGGUCGUCAAAUGCCAGGACAUGACCACCCACGAGAUCGUCGCCGUCAAGGUCAUCAAGAACAAGCCCGCCUACUUCAACCAGAGCAUGAUGGAGGUCACCGUGCUCGAGAUGCUCAACGGCAACUGGGAUCCCAACGACGAGCACCACAUCCUGCGUCUCAAGGACACCUUUAUCCACGCAAAGCACCUCUGCCUCGUCCUCGAGCUCCUCUCCUCCAACCUCUACGAGCUCAUCAAGCAAAACUCCUUCCAGGGCCUCAGCACCAGCCUCGUACGCGUCUUCACCGCACAGCUCCUCGACGCUCUCACCGUGCUCAACGAGGCGCGCCUCAUCCACUGCGAUCUCAAGCCCGAAAACAUCCUACUCAAGACGCUCCAGACGCCCUCCAUCAAGCUCGUCGACUUUGGCUCCGCCUGCCACGAAAAGCAGACCGUCUACACCUACAUCCAGUCGCGCUUCUACCGCUCCCCCGAGGUGCUCUUGGGCUUGCCCUACAACUCGGCCAUCGACAUGUGGUCGCUCGGCUGCAUCGCCGUGGAGCUCUUCCUCGGCUUACCCCUCUUCCCGGGCACCAGCGAGUACAACCAGAUCUGCCGCAUCGUCGACAUGUUUGGCCUGCCUCCGCAGUGGAUGCUCGACAACGGCAAGCAGACCCAGGAGUUCUUCGCCGUCUUUACCGACGAGUACGGCCGCAAGAGCUACCGCCUCAAGUCGAUCGACCAGUACUCCAAGGAGCACAACGUCCAAGAGCAGCCCUCCAAAAAGUACUUUAAGGCCACGACGCUGUCCGACAUUGUCAAGACCUAUCCAAUGGCUCGCAAGAGCGGCAAGUCGGCCGACGUGCAAAAGGAGAUGGCCAACCGCAGCAGCUUCAUCGACUUUGUCACCGGCCUCCUCAACAUGAAUCCGCACGAGCGCUGGACGCCCCAACAGGCCAAGCUGCAUCCCUUCAUCACGGGCGAAAAGUUCUCCAAGCCCUUCCGGCCUCCAUUGAUCCCGACCAGCGUAGCGAGCACCGGCGGCGCCAGCUCGUCCUCCUCGUCGCGGCCCAAGACGUCCGAUGCGGCCAAGCAUCCGUACGGUGGACUGGUGGGCGCGCAGCAGAGCUCGUCGCGGCCCUCGAACAAGAAUUUCCAGGACGCGGCGGCGUACAACCAGCAUCUGGCACAGCAGCAGGCGUACCACUCGGCAGCGGCGCGUCAGCAGGCGCAGCCGCUUAUUAACAAUCCGUACGCACGCGAAGAUGCAGCCAACGCACAGGCGGCGGCCGAAGCCAAAGCGCAGGCCAAGGCGCAGGCGGCGCAACUGGCCCAGAUGCACCAGCAACAACAGCAGCAGCAGCAGCAGCAGUCGUACAACAUGCGACAUUCGAUGGCGGUGCCGCCUUCGGCGUACUACGAUGCGCAGUCGGCCGACGACGGCGCGUCGAGGCAGCAGCGGUCGGACCAGCGGCUGAGCAUGAUCCCACCGCAGCUUGCCAAGCUUGGACUGGAUGCGAGCAUGGCGGGCGCGCAGAACAUGGCGUCCAUGGUGAAUCGCGACGAUCCGCUGCGCGAGUGGGAGCGGCGGCAGAACGGGCUGGCGCCCUCAUCGGCGGCGACGUCGAGCAAGCAGCGUCGACAGAGUGCGGCCAACUACCAGCAACUCGAUCUGCUGCAGCAGCAGGCCGAGCUCGGCGGAGGCUGGGAUGCAAACAUGGUUGGAAAGACGAGCGGCGGAGGCGGAGGCGGAGGCGGCAGCUCGUUUUCGGUCGUGGUGGAUGGAUCGCAGGAUCGGCUGGGACAGCCACGCAAGGAUGGCAGCAACAACAGUCUGGGUGGUUUGUCGAGCUCGGGCAUUACGCAGCCUCCCGCAGCGUACGGUUCUGCGUCCGGUUCGAGUGCAGCGGGUCGUUACCAAGGCAGCAGUGGCCAUCUUAUGGGCGGAGGUUCGUCACCGGGUCUCGGGUAUGGCAUGUCGGGACUCAACGGCGGAACAUCCAUGUCCACCUCGCACAGCAGCGGUGGUGGGGGGAAUGCCAACACGCUGCCGUUUGAUAUUUACGAUGCGGGCAUGGCGAAUCUGUUGCCUCCAUCGCUAACGCCCGUGCGCAUCCAGGACCGCGACCACGGAGCGAUGCAGUCCAACCAGCAACAGCACUUCUUGCAGCAACUCCCGCUCCACCAGCAACAGCAGUACGCCGCACAGCUGCAGCCCAGAGACAAGCAGCGCCGCGAUGCAAGUGGUGGCAGUGGCGGUGGCAUGAUGGGCGGAUUCGGGGGGCUGUAA